AUGGAAGCCUUAGUCGAGGACCUCGAUCACACGACCAUUUACAGGCAGAAUCAGAAUUACAGCGAAGAGAGUGACGGGGAAGGUGGCUUGGGGAACCUGAACAGGUUAAUAGUGCGGCCCCCGGGGCACAGCGGUAAGGCGAAGCGGGGCCAUUUGUGCUUCGACGCCGCCUUCGAGUGCGGCAACCUGGGCCGGGCGGACCACGUCACGGAGCUGGAGUACGACCUGUACCUGCGCCCCGACACCUGCCGCCCCAGGGCCAGGUUCUGGUUCAACUUCACCGUGGAGAACGUCAAGCAAGACCAGAAAGUCAUAUUCAAUAUAGUUAAUUUCGGUAAAGAGUAUACACUCUAUGAUAAAGACAUGACGCCAUUGGUGAGAUCGACAUCGCGCCAGAAAUGGCAGCGAAUCCCAAAACGACUGCUUUUCUACCACAAAUCUCUAGUCCAUCGUGGGCGCAAGAUACUCAGCCUUGCUUUUGGUUUCGAUCGGGAGGAAGAUGUGUACCAAUUUGCCGCGGCAGCGCCAUAUUCUUACUCCAGGCUGCAGAAAUAUUUAGCAAUUUGGGAGAAGAGAGCUCAGGGUUUCGGCACCAGAGAGACUAUUGCGCAAACUACUCAAAAACGACAAGUCGAUCUCAUCACAAUCGGCGAUAUAAAUGCGAAGGAUAGUGAUGACAAAGAAGAAAUUUUAGCUAAAGGCAAAUGCAGUGAAACGAAAAAGCGAGUGGUUAUUAUAAUUGCGCGAUCUCAUGGCGGGGAACCGCCAGCUUCAUAUAUUUGUCAAGGGUUGCUGGACUAUUUUGUUAGUUCUGCAGAGAACGCGUGUGCACUAAGGGAUCAUAUAGUAAUACAAGUGGUGCCGAUGCUGAACCCGGACGGCGUGUUCCUUGGAAACCAGCGCUCGGACCUGCUGGGAUCGGAUCUCAACCGCUGCUGGAUCCGUGCCACCGGCUUCGCGCACCCAUCGCUCGUCGCCCUUAAGGAGCACAUCAGGAAAAUCUCCGCUGAAAAAGUCCGCUUCAUGUCGAAAAAACUCCCGUUCGAGCGGCACGCGGUGCUACCGAAAUUCCUCGCGAUGCGCGUGGAGGCUUGGCAGGGAGAAAACUGCUUGUACAAUGCUGAGGCGAGCUUAGCGGGGUCCGCACGCCGCGCACUGCCAACGGGUGCUGUCGACGCCUACACCUUGACCGUCUCUAUGGGCGGCAGACGAAUCCACCCCAACGGCCCCUACAUUCACUACACCGAAGAUGCCUAUGCGAAAGUAGGCAGAGCGCUAGUGAAGGCCUUGUGCGAUUAUUAUCGGCACGUCGGCGUCGUUCCGGUGCGGAUAUGCGCGCCCGGCAAGAAGGAGGCGCGUGGGCGGCGCAGGCGCAGGCGGGCGGCCUACGAGCGUGAAAGGUCGUGCAGCUGGUCGCCGGAGCGGCGGGUGCUGGCGGCGCGCGUGCUGUCGCCGGCGCUGCCGCCCGCCACGCCGCCGCUGCGCGCGCUCCCGCCCCGGCCCGCGAGGCUCCCCCGGCCACGGCCGACCCACGCCAGAGACAACCCGCCGCCGGCCGUGACCGGUACAGCCGUGAGGACACCACGUUUGGCGGUGGUGGACCUCAGCGCCUUUAUUCGUACGCCGGAACCUACACAACAAAAUAAGUUCACAAGAUCCGGAAUACGGGCUGCACAUUCCAAGAGACAUUCCCGAGCACGAGCGUUCACCAGUGACGAGUACGAUACUCAUGAAUCGGAUUCU